UUCUGAACGUGAUUAAAUGCUUGACAAAGUCGAGGAAAAAUUGUCAAAACCACAUGUUUUCACUAUUUUGUUUGAAGUUCAUUUAGGAAGGAUUUUAUCGGUAUUUCUUCAAUUUUUUCCGUAUUUCUCAGUGAAAAAUAGAAAAUUGUUCCAAAUGAAAGUCGAAAUAGAAGAUAUGGACGUCAGCACCAUAUGUGACUCAGUCUCGUCACUGGUAGAAGGAUGUCGCUUGCCCGUCCAAAUGAAAGGUACAGCAGACUGGCCUCUAGCCGAAAUAAUCAGUCUCAAAGACAUUCAAGGGACAAAGUGGUAUUAUGUUCACUAUGUAGACUUUAAUAAGCGGUUAGACGAAUGGGUAACCGAAGAAUGUUUGGACACUAGAAAAGUUCAUUUUCCCCGAAAGGAUGCGGCUCCUGGAACAGGUGUAACCACACCAAAAAAGAUUCAUAUUGGGAGCGGAAUUGGAGGUGGAAUUAAUAGUGGAUUAAGUACCAGUGCUCAAACCUCCAGACCAUCCAGUCCCAUUUUAAGUAAUACGGAUUUGUUGAACGGGAAUGCUGUGCUUGCUGCUGCUUUGCAAAACAAAAUAAACAGGAAGAAAAAAGGUCCUUCGCUCGAAAGUGAAGAUUCACAAGAUGGUCCUUUGGUUCAACCGCAACAGCCUCAAGGUCCACGACAGUCUGGUAGCAUGGUUUCACAUCAUGAUGACAUCGUAACUAGAAUGAAGAAUAUCGAGAUGAUCGAAUUGGGGCCACAUCGAAUUAAACCUUGGUAUUUCGCUCCAUAUCCUCAGGAAAUGGUAAAUUUAGCCUGUAUUUACAUCUGUGAGUUCUGUCUAAAAUACCGUAAAAGUAGAAAGUGUCUUGAAAGGCACGUGAUCAAAUGCAAUUUGAGACAUCCUCCGGGAAAUGAGAUCUACCGAAAAGAUAACAUUUCAUUCUUCGAAAUCGAUGGACGAAAGAAUAAGGUGUAUGCUCAAAACCUCUGUCUGCUUGCCAAGUUGUUUCUUGAUCAUAAGACUCUUUACUACGACACGGACCCAUUUUUGUUUUACGUGAUGACGGUAUUCGAUCAUCGGGGGUUCCAUAUCGUUGGAUAUUUUUCGAAGGAAAAAGAAUCGACAGAGGAUUACAAUGUUGCUUGCAUACUCACUUUGCCGCCAUUUCAACGAAAAGGAUAUGGAAAACUGCUCAUUGAAUUCAGUUACGAAUUAUCAAAAUUUGAAGGAAAAACAGGCUCACCAGAAAAACCUUUGUCGGAUCUAGGGUUGUUGUCAUACAGGAGCUACUGGGCACAAACUAUACUGGAGAUCCUUCUUUCUAUUAAGCCAGUGGGCGAGAAUGAAAAACCCCAAAUCACCAUUAAUGAAAUCUGUGAACUGACGAGUAUUAAAAAGGAAGACGUAAUAUCUACGCUUCAAAACUUGAACCUGAUUAACUACUACAAGGGUCAGUAUAUAAUAACGCUCAGCAAGGAAAUUAUUCAGCAGCACUACGGAGCUAUGCAGAGUCGAAAAAUAAGAAUUGACUCUAAAUCGCUUCAUUGGACACCCAAAGAUUGGGGUAAGCGUGCCAAAUGGUAAAAUAAUUUGUGCAAGAUAAUAUUUAUGUACAUAGCAAAAAGUCUUGAUGGUUAGGAUACAAAUGUGAGAUUUUUAUUUCUAAUUUAUAUGUGAAAACUUUGAGAAACAUAUUUGUUUUGAUAGUACAUAUGUUACAUUGUGUGAAAUCUAAAAGUGAUAUAAUGUAGUUUUUAUUUAAAUAAAAUUGUAACACAGA